AACUUUGACCUUCCCAAUCUUCACUUCUCUUCUUCAUGCCUCCCAUCUAUAAAUUCCCUCACCCUGCUCCAACCCAACCAUCAAAAUUCUAAACUUACAAACACAAUUUUCUUUGUACAUCCAAAAAUUCCUAGUGAUGGCAAGUUUUGGGUCUCUAUGCCGCAUAGCUCUAGUGCUAGUCAUGGCUAUGGUGAUGGGUGCAGCAUCACCAUCGUACGCUCAAAUCAACACGCCAUGUAACGCCUCAAUGCUAAGCACUUCGUUCACACCUUGUGUGAAUUUUCUCACAAAUAGCAGUGGCAAUGGUUCCUCACCAACAACGGAGUGCUGCAGUGCCCUUAAGUCCCUCACAAGCGGUGGCAUGGAUUGUUUGUGUCUCAUUGUGACUGGCAGCGUUCCCUUCAGAAUCCCCGUCAACAGAACCUUAGCCAUCUCUCUCCCUCGUGCCUGCAACAUGCCCGGUGUCCCGCUUCAAUGCAAAGCCUCGGGUUCCCCACUUCCUGCUCCUGGACCAGUGUCUCUUGGGCCAUCUCCUUCUCCUGGAUCAGCUCCAUCUGGAUUUACACCAACCCCUAGUCCUCAAGCUUCAACUGUUUUCCCCUCACCGACUUCACCUUCUGUGGCACCACAAUCUGACACAACAACUCCACUUUUGAGUCCACCGUCUCCAUCGGCGGAUUCUGGCAACCCUUCUGUAUCAACGGGGAGUGGCCGCACUAAUCUCACCCCAUCAUCUGCCAUCACAUCUUACUCUCUCCCACCUUCUUUUCUCUUCAUUGCUUUCGGAUUUGCUCUUCUCAAAUACUACUAGCUAGCUUCUCUGUUUGCCCUUCGCAUAUCUUAUCAACACCUACUUUAUAUAUAUGUUUCUAUAUAUUCUUUGCCGUGUGGCUAUUGUGUUACAUUUUAGAUUGUUUCAGACCCUUUACUUGGGGAGUAUUUAUCGAUUCAAAAAGCUUUUGUAUUGUAAUGUAUAUGUAAUUAUGUAUAUAUGAAAAAAAGUUGGAGAUUGAAGUUCUUGUUA